CCACGCGCACCUGAGAAGGACGCAGUCCCAAAUAUGGUAGGAAACUUUAGUGGCUUCUUGUCUGUGAUUGGUUACUUAGCGGCUUGACAGACAACGCCAAGCUAACACACACUUCACUCAUCCCCCUUGCAACUUGUGUGUGUUUCUUGGAUCCAACAUGUCGGGCCGCGGUGGGAAACAAGCUAAGAGGGCGAAAGCAAAAUCUAGGUCAGCCAAGGCAGGCCUACAGUUUCCUGUGAGCCGAGUUCACCGUUACUUGCGCCAGACGACUCAUCAUUUCCGCAUCGCGUCGGGUGCGCCAGUUUACCAAGCAGCUGUAAUGGAAUACUUGACUGCUGAGAUCUUAGAACUCGCAGGAAACGCGGCGCGUGAUAAUAAGAAAACUAGAAUAAUUCCGCGGCAUAUUUUGCUGGCCGUGGCCAACGAUGAAGAACUGCAUCAGUUGUUGAAAGGUGUGACAAUUGCAUCUGGAGGAGUCCUCCCUAAUAUUCACCCGGAACUUUUGAAGAAAAGAAAAGGUGGGAAACUCGUACCACCAGAUGAAAUAAAACCAAAGCAUCCAAAGACAAUAUCAGCACCCAAACCAUCCACAUCAGGGAAGAAAAUGGCUAGUCCAGCAAAGAAAGCACCCUCGCCUGCCAAGAAAGCACCUAUUUCUCCUGCUAAAGGGAAAAAGAAAGGGCCUGCUCCAAGAAAAGGAGCCGACAAAUCUUCUUUAGGUGCAGGAGUUACUGUUCUUUCAGAGAAAACUCUUUUCUUGGGCCAAAAGUUAACAGUGAUUCAGUGUGAUAUUGCAAUAGUGGAGGCAGAUGCUCUGGUACACCCAACUAAUGCAUCAUUUUAUCUCGGUGGUGAAGUAGGUUCGGCUCUUGAGAAAGCUGGUGGAAGUGAGUUUAAGGAGGAGGUCAAAAAACUCUCUGAAUCUCAUGGACCAUUAGAACUAGCAACAGCGGCUAUCUGCGAUGGACAUAACUUUCCAGCGCAGUAUGUGAUCCAUGUUCAUAGCCCACCUUGGGAAAAUGAUUCUUCAGUUGAAAAUCUCGAGAAAGCUGUUAAAAGUGUGUUGACAUUGGCUGAUGAGAAGAACAUCAAAUCUAUUGCUAUCCCCUCUAUUGGCAGUGGAUCCAGCAACAACUUCCCCAAAGGCACAGCUGCACAGGCCAUCCUGAAAGCCAUCUCCAACUAUUUUGUGUCCGUCAUGGCGUCAUCCCUGAAACAGAUCUAUUUUGUUUUAGAUGACAUGGAAUCCAUUGGAAUUUACACCAUGGAACUUGCGCGUCUUGACUCCUAGGAAUUGCUUACACAUUUUGUCACAUCUUUUUAGAAUAUUCCAUUGUAAGAAAUGAUCAGGCGCAAUUUGUGUCAUCAUCAUCUUGUCUGCCUGUCAUGUGCAGAAUUUAGCUGUAUUUUUUUUUUUAUAUCUAUACUUUCCACUCCUUAAAACUGAGUGUUGAUUCUUCUUAUUAGCUUCCAUACAUUUCAUUCUGUGUCAGUUUUGAAAAGUGAGGGUUACAUCAAGAUGAAACCAUGACAUCUAUUUUUGCCAGUAUUGUCAUUACGUGUCCUUCUUAAUAGUGUUGUAAUGGGAAUUUGCACUCUGAA